AUGAUUGGUUUUAUUGGAAAUUCAUCAUUGCUUAUGCUAUAUGUCGAAACCUUUCUGCAAAGAAAUAAGCCAAUAGAUUGGAUAUUUACCCACUUAACUUUUGCCAAUAUGAUGACAAUUUUAUUUGCCGGGUUUCCGGAAUUAAUCUCUUUCUUUGGAAUAAGAAACUUUCUGAAUGAUGCUGGUUGUCAGGCAAUUUUAUUUUUUUACCGAGUGGGCCGGGGUCUUUCCCUCUGUACCACAUCUUUCCUCAGUGUGUUCCAAGCCAUCGUGAUCACCAACAACCAUGCUCAGUGGGCGUGGUUCAAAUCAAACAUCUACACAUGCAUUUCUUCUGCCUUCCUCUUUUUCUGGGUACUCAACAUGCUGAUCUAUAUCCGGGUCAUUUUGACAGUGAAGGCCCCAUUUAAUAUUACUGGAAUUGAAGACUUUUAUAACCAAAACUACUGUAUAGCACGUGAUGCUGAGAGGAAUAGAGUGUCUGCAUUCCAGGGACUAAUGACUAUAAGAGACCUGCUGUGUGUUCUCCUCAUGAUCUGGACCAGCGUGUACAUGGUAAAGUUCCUCUUUAACCAUCGCAAGAAUGUCCGGCACAUCCUUAGGCACAGUCUCUGCCCACAGUCCUCUCUUGAGAUCAAGGUCACCCACACCAUCCUGGUGCACGUGAGUUGCUUUGCUUUUUUUUACUGUAUCAACUGCUGCCUUACCAUUUAUGUAGCAUACCGUCAUGAUAUACGAAGGUUAGGAAACAUUGCUAUUUUUGUCUCUUCCUGCUAUCCAAUGAUCUGUCCUUUCUUGCUGAUAAAAAACCUUCGAGGCCCCUUCCUGAACUGCACCUUUGGAAAGAUGAGGAAAUCUUCACAAACCACUGCCGUCAGAGACUUGAAAACUCUCAUACCAGCUGUGACACAAAGUUCUCAGGAUAGAAAAAUUCCCCUGCAAAGGUUAAGUGAUUGCAGUUUGGAGAGAUAG